UCAGGAUUUGUUAUAACAUAUUUCGACUCUAGUCUAACCUGUGACCAGAGACUAAUUCUUAUUCAAAUAAACGGCAUUUUUCUCGUAACGGUAAGACCUUCGUUCUUCUACUGGGUGGCGUGUCCGUACAUUGGGAUGGUCGGAUUUCGAGGUCCUGUCGAACCGAACAAAAGGCCGCAGACCAAAGAUGGUCAACGUUGAGGCUCAGUCGAGGGUCCUCUGUCUCUUCCUCGGCAUCAUAUGUUCGAGACGCAGAGAUUCGGAAGACUUGAACAUUUUGCACAUCUCUACCUGCACGACGAUGUCCCGGCACCAGCAAGGGAUCUUCGAUUUAACAACCGAACCUAUCCGGAUGGCAUACAACGGUCCCUUACCUCAAAGAGAUGGGGACCGUCCCCAUCGUCCCCAUCGUCCCCACCACUCCAACGCUCGAGGUGGACCCAAGCACGAAGGCUUAUCUCAUGUAUUUCUAUAAGACCCAGUACACAAACAUGGCGGCGGCGGAUUCGUUCUUGUGUUGGCAAAGAUUGACCGAGGAGAAAUCGAAUGUCCAGGUGAAACGAGGUCGGAGAUUCUUGGGGACGACAUCAGAACGAUCCAGACUUCAGAUUUACAGAUGCACCUUCACGGACUGCACUGCAGAUGACGCAAGGUUCUUGCUAGUGCAGAAGUUCAUCCAUGGAAACUUCCCGGUGCUUCCGUUCUGAACGAUUACAAAAAGUCUGAAGCCUAUUUCUGCUCGUCAGACGAUCGAGGACCAGAACCGCCACCUACCGUUCCAUUUCAGACUCUCGAGUCUCGACGGUCCGUUUUCACGAAUAUGUUCUGUGUCUAACCUUCUCCAGCCAGGGCACGUCUCCGCAUCAAACCCAAGAUAUGGCAACCAUCAUCCGCAACUCCAAUUACUACUCCAAUUUCUCCAUUAUGUGUCGUCGGGUUUCUAACGUUAAGCUCGCUGCUCUCUUGCAAUAUCUGAGAAAAAAACAGUCUUCUUGAUUAGACUCAGACCUGCAAUCGCUACUUAACCUUCGAAGGGUGCUCGCCGAGAACACCUCACUCUUUCUCACUGUACAUUUUUUGGAACUCUCGAACGACACCCAGAGGAUUGACACACAGGGCGGUCGAGUGAGCCGCCUUGCCGCACCGUGUUCUGUCUGAAAAAUACAGCACUGUACUCCGAGCUGGUACCGACCUCACUGUCCCUCCAGGGCAUGGAGACAGAGGGACUGUUUGUCCCUUCGCACAGUAGACUCGAGCUCGUCCUGCC